CAACAGUUCGGCGCCGAGAGGCAUAGGCUCUCGCGCAGCAUUGCUGCCGCUCUCCCCACGCCCAGAACUUCCCUCUGGGCGAACGUGACGAUAUGAAAUAUGGCAGAUGGAGAGCUUGGUAGAGAAAAUAGUUUUGCCAAGCUCUUGAAUCACAAGUCAACCUACAGUUGCAUUUAACAAACACACAUACGGCAGAAAUUUUGGAAUUAUCCGACUGAGAAUUUAAAAUAACUAUGAUUAAUAUGUUAAAGACCCUAAUGGAAAAAGUGGACAACACACAAGAACAGGAAUUCUGUGCCUGAUUAGACAAAGGAAGUGUCAAUCACAAUGAUUCUUCAGGACAUUACUAUGGUUACCAAACAGUGCUCCAGGCUGGACAUUCCAGAAGAGGACAAGGAGGAACCAAGAUGGCCUUCUUCAACUUAUAUCUAUUGGGAUAUCAACAUCCCUUUCGGAACAAAAAAAGGGACAUAACUGAAGAAACAAACCAGAGGGAAUCAGUGUCCACUAGGCUUCCCCCCAUUAUCUCAGAAGAUGGGAAUUAUUUCCUGCACCAGAAUAGUCACAUGAGAUACAAUGAAGCUGUACAGAAGGUGUUGCUAAAAACAUUCCCCAAUCAGGUCUUCAGAGUCCCUCUGACUGAUGCUCAGAACUUCAGCUUCUGGCGGUCUCAUGAUCCAGGAGUACGUCCAGAGAAAACCAUGCCAUGGAUCUGGAGCCCACGCCACUGUCUCAUUAAAAGCCCAAUGACCAGGUUUAUGGAUCACUCCAUUCUUAACGACAGAAACUUCAGUCUAUAUUGAGGAGGAAAUGAUUGUAUAAGGACAAACAAGAUGGAUUGUGAAAGAAGUACAAGGAGUGGGAAAGAGGGAGAAGUAUCCCAGUUCUGAUGACUUUGACUAAUGGGAAGAGGGGAAUCAAGAAAGCAGAGUAAACAGAUUGGACUAGAAGUCCUUUGUGUGCA